AUGACUGCAUCUAAUGUGGAUAUAGAUAUUCUCGCUUUAGUCAAGAUUUGUACCAUCGUUUUUCUUGGAUGGUAUUUGGCUAAGUCAUUUUAUGUAGCUUUUCUGGGACCGUUAAGUAAAAUCCCAGGUCGAAAAAGGGAUGCAUUUGCUAUUUGGUUGUCGUUGCCAACGAUUCUAGCGGGAAAAGAUUGGCUAAAGAAUAGAUUAAUUCAUGCCGAAUUUGGACCAAUUAUCCGAACUGGCCCCAACUUUCUUUUUGUUGGUGAUCGUGAUGCUAUAAAAAAGAUCGUAAUUACAGAGGAUUUUCCAAAAGCUCAAUUCUACAAGCUUUUUCGACGUAAAAGUGAUGAAGAAACACUAUUUUCUGGGACUGAUAAAAAAUUUCAUAAACUUCGACGAAGAAUGUUAUCGCCAGCAUUCUCUAUAAAAUAUUUGGCAUCGCUUGAACCUCUGAUCAAAAACUGCUUCCGUGAUGUGAUUAUUAUUAUUGAUCAUUUAAUAAACGAUUUAUCGAUGGGAGUAAAUGGUCGAAAGCAAUCAGCCAUUAUAAAUAUAUAUCAAAUAAUUCAUAAUUGCUCUUUGGAUGUUAUUGGUGAAACUGCAUUUGGUAGAAAAUUUGAUAUGGUGUUGACCAAUAAACACCAGAUUCCUGAUGAAGUUCGGUAUUCUCUAAGACGUAUGGUGAUGGUUGCUUUUUUACCAUUUGCACGAUUGUUUAUGCGAGAGAGAAAGUAUCUGGAAGAGUUUGUAACUAAACUUGCGAAGACAAGACGUCAACAACAUCCAGACGUAGUAAAAAAAGAUAUCCUACAAAUACUGCUCGAUUCGGUAGAUGAUGAGAAUACUGGUUUAACUGAUUAUGAAAUUUUGGGACAGAUUGAAGAGUUUAUGAUUGCUGGAAGCGAUACCACAAGCUUCAGCACCUCGAUUGCAAUGAUCCUUUUAUCACGACACCAAAGGGUCCUCGAAAAGCUAUUUCAAGAAAUUCGUGCUGCAAUUCCCGAAAUAGGCCCAGAUAAUCUGCCAGAUUAUGCGUUGUUAAAAGAGUUACCUUAUUUAAACGCGGUCAUAAAUGAGACAUUGAGAUUAUGGCCUAUUACAUUAAAUGGACUAACUAUCAGAGAACUAACUAAGGAUAUAAUGAUUGGACCAUAUCAUGUACCCGCAGGAACGGUAGUUUUCCCUAGCACUUAUUACCUACACACCAAUAAAGAACUUUGGGGCCCAGACGCACUAGAAUUUGUGCCUGAACGAUGGCUCGUCCCAGAAAGAAUUCCAAAGGAUGCUUUCUAUCCAUUUUCAGCUGGAUCGAGAAAUUGUAUUGGACAAAAUUUUGCAUUGCUUGAAAUGCGCCUAAUAAUCGCUUCACUUGUUCGUCGUUACGAAUUUACUGAUAUCCCGGGACAACCAUUUGAUAUCAAGCACUUUAUAACGCCGAUGCUCACUAAUCACCAGUAUAACAUCUUGAUGAAUUUGAGAAAUGAGGAUUGA